AUGACUGAUGAGUCCUUUGCCGUAAAAGAGGGCGAAUUUCACUCUUCGGCGCGCCAACAAAAGCAUCGUCAUGAUCUCAUAGAUGCCUGGCUACAGCUUUCGGGCCAAGCAUGGAGCUGCAUCUUGGAAGUAGGCUGCGGUCAAGGAGAUCAAACGGCAAGUCUAGCCAAGAGAUUUGCGCAAUCGAGAAUCACUGCCAUAGAUCCAGCCAGCCCCGAGUAUGGUGAGGUGCCAAAGACUUGUCCGACUCAGGGUAUGUAUUUUACUGAAGCAUGACAUUCAUGACACUUGCUUCAGGGUCUCCAACGACUCUGGGUCAGUCCCAAGCCGCUCUGAAGGCGACAUCUUGGGGUCAGAACAUCACAUUCGAGCAAAUGGAUGCCGUUUCCUUUGCCGCACGGUCCAAGUCUGGCAAGGCGGAGAAGCAAGACAUUGCGGUCCUGUCGCAUUGCAUAUGGUACUUUCCAUCCCUUCAAAUCCUCACCGACACCUUUCAAGCGCUCAAAAGUAUGGGCACCCGUCAUCUCGCCUUGGCAGAGUGGGACAUCUCAACCAGCGCAAUGUCCGCCUCGGUGCAUCUUCAUUCCGUCCUGCUCCAGGCCUUACCCGCAGCGCUGCGAGACACCGAAGCAAAUAUUCGAUGUCCCCUCACGCCCAAUGCUAUUCGAGACGCAGCUGGCAAAGCGGGUUGGAAGGUGCGAGGAGAAAUAACGGUCAAAUCACCUGAUCUCGAAGACGCGCAAUGGGAGGUCUAUGCCGCUAAGGCAGCCAUCGCGAAAAUGAAGAAAUCACAACUAAAGAACGAAGACCAGAUCGCUCUGGAUGCUCACGAGGCUGCAUUGCAAGCCGCAAUAAGUCAUUGGGAGGCAUCGAGACGCAGCACAGAUUCUCUCACCCCGUGCCUCGAUGUCUGGGUGAGCGUGUUUGAAUGA